AUGCUCACGACUCGAGCAUGGUGCGUUAAGGCACUUCGAUUCCAACCUCGCUAUUUAAACACCUACGUUACCAAUGUUAAGUCGUUGGAAGACCUUGCAAAACUCGAUUCGCUAGACAACGUUGACCCAGAACUGGUAAGAAGACUGAUAAAUGAAAGAACCAACCAGUUGAAUACGCAAAAUGAGCUUGAGAUGCUCAAGCAGAUCCAAUCGGAUGAAAAACAGCAGCAGCAAGUGGCUCUUAAGAAAUUCGUUCGCCCAAUGUGGAUUUUUCUACUGUUGAGCUCGUUCUUCUACUUGGGAGGACACUAUGUAUGGUGGAAGCUGGAGUACGAUGAACGCGAAAUUGAGCUUCACAAGCAAGUCGAAGCUCUACGACAGGAGCUGGAUGAAACUAUCAAACAGAAACAAAAUCCGAAACCUGUUGGAAAUUCAUUGUCGUCCGCUUCAUCUCACAAGAACUCGGAUGGAAACAGAAAAUGGUAUUACGGGUGGCUCUGGUAG